UAGGACAGCCUGUAGGGACAAUUAAUUACACCUAAGCCCUAACUUUCGGAAAAUGUCGUCUCCGUGUGGCAAGUGCAACAACUGUCCCUGCGGCACCAGCGGCGGAGCCCCACCCCCCCAGCAGCCGCCCCACAGGCCACCCCCCUCGUACGCCCACCAGCCGCAGCAGCAGCCGGACAGCUGUCCCUAUCCGGGUCCGCGGGGCCAGGGAGCAGGCGGGUGCCAGGUCAACUCGACGCAGCCGCCGGGCGAUCCCGCCGCAUGCAGCCUCUACCAGAGCCGGGGAGCCCCCACCGUGGAGUGCACGUGCACUCAGAACCGUAGCCGGCCACCUCCGCCAUCCGUUCAGGCGGACCACAUCACGUGCAGCCGGGGUCCGCGGGAGCAGCCGCCUGCCCUGGAGACCCGCUGCACCUGUCGCGAGAAGCCCGCCAAGACGGAGUGCCACUGCGCCCCGCCGGUGGCCCCGCCUCCCAACCAACAGCAGCAGCAGGCGAUGGCCCAGCCCACCUACGCCAACGUGACCUGUGGCCAGAACGUGCCCAGAGGACCGCAACCCUAUCGCCCGCACCACGGCAACCAGAGUCAGAACCCGAACUCCUGCGGCCACUGUCGAUCGCAGAAGAAGCAGAAGAAGUGCGUCAUUCAGUGAUCUGGAUGUCGUGCCACGGGAGAACGUUGGGAUCCCAGCAGGCGCUACGCAGCAGGCUACACAGAUUAUAACGCUCACAACAUGACAUGACAGUACUCCCAAAUUUCAGGUUAGCCAAAUUUCCAGUUUCGACCUGUUUUCCGGGUCAAUAAAGCCAAUGUGACCGCUAAUGGGGAACAGUCCGAGCGCCUACCAGGUGGGUCGGAGGCCAGCGCAGCUCAGCUCCGGGCAGGACAUCUGCAACUGCCGCGGAAGCCAGCGGAAUCCGGAGCGGAAUCGCAGUCGCCACUGCUUCGUGAUUCGCUCACAGCGGCCACCAAAGGGCGUGGCUGCGGAAACCCGGUGCUGCUGCACUCCUCAAGCGCCGAUAAGCCGUAGUUUACCUCCGCCCACUAAGAUCCGCCAGCGAUGCUGCUGUGCCUUAGCUCCGGAGCCCGCAAGGCAAAUGGUUUGCGACACCUCCGGGAACAAGCCGCAGAGAUGCUGUACCAAUUGCCCAGGAAACGGACAUAGUGGAGCAGCUGCGCGGAGGACACGGGUGUAUCAUUCGGAUCCAUACCCCAUCGGGUUAGGCGAGAAUCGGAAAGUGGCUUUGGAGGAGCCAAUUCUGCUGCAGCCGGACCCACAUUCUGAGAUUCCAUGCAGCGACUCCUCGCGAUCGUUUCAGCCCGCCGUUCACGCGAUAAAUGAAAACUGCCAGGAACCCCAGGAUCCCUACUAUCCGUAUCCUCCCAGAAGCACGCGUCAGCGGGAAGUGGAUCCUCUAGCCAACUUCGAUCUGAAUCGCUUCGACAGGGAAGCCAUCCAUCGAGGCCCCGCUGGCAGACGAAGAAACGUCUCCAUUCGCACCUGCGUCGACUACGACUACGAGCCGGGAUAUCUAGCUCCAAGCAGUCCGCCCGGAAAUCGACAUCCACCAGCUCCAUCCGGAUAUUCUCCGGCAUACCCCCCUUCGUACGAACCUAAUCCAGCCGGUUGUCCCGCGGCAUCUUUGCCCAGAACUCGCCCACCAACCGCAUCACUCCAGCGUCCAUAUUAUCACAGAACUCAUCCGGGAUUACAAGAAAAUACUGAAUUCGAUUACGUUAAAUGUCCGUUUAGAUGAAGGGCUAAAAUAUAACAAACCAAUAGAAAUGCAGCCCUGAAAGUUU